GAUGCAGAGGACUGUCCAGACUUUAUCUAUCUCUCAAGGAGGAGAUGAGGAACUGCCCAGGGAAUCUGUUUGGGGUACUGUGGAGGCAUGAGGAUAGGUCCUUCGGGAUCCCUGGAUUGCCCCCUGGCCAAGCUCAUUUUGGGAAAGCCGACAGGACUUUAAUUCAGAAAGUACAUUGGGAAGAGUUUAGAACCAGUUGCUAAUCUCUGCACCAGCUGCUAAUCUCCAGGAACAAUUACUCUGUGGUUACUUGUUCUGGUGAAUUGGGGAAGACAGACGGUUGUGAAAAGUCUUUGCACUGGAAGCAAGUGGGGCAUUUCCCCUUGACAGCCACCUGAUGAGGCCCAGAAGCAGCCUGCAAAAAGGAGGACAGGGUCCAACCCCACUCCUGGAAAUAACCUUUGGGCAAUCGCAGGUCCACUAGGAAGAGGCCCCAGCUUCCUUUUUCGCAAGGCAUAAAGAUCUGGACCCCUCACCGAUUGCAUGGAGUCUGGACUUGAAUGAGCGAAGGAGAAGGUGCCCCAGGGUGAAGAGCUUGGUGUUUUGGGAUUCUUCUUGGGCGCUGAACUGCAGGCGCCAGUUGCUGUGAUUCUGAGGGUCUCCGACAGGGAGAAGUGUGUGAGAGCAGAGCAUCUUGGCGGAGGAGAAUCUAGCAGAAGAAGACACCCUGAACUGCAGAACCAAAGGAGGGCUCCUGGAGUAGUUGUGCACAGGGAUACCAAGAAAAGACGAUGGAGAGAUCCGGUCUCCUGUUUUAUUAAAGAAAGGGGUAGACUCACAGCAAGUCUCCCAGCCUUUGCAGACGCAGGAUGGACACCACAGCAAGGAGACUUUGGUUUGCCUGCACCCUAGAAAAUGUUCACACAUUCUUUAUACACAAAGCAGUAUCUGUCCCUCUGCCUAGGACUCCCCACCGGAGGGCAGAGGUGGUAAUAGCCAAACCUUACCCUUAGCUCCCGUUUCUGGGCUCAGAGCCCAGCACCGCAAAGCCCACAGAUAAGGGGAACAUCCAAGCCAGUCAAUUAGCCUGGAUCAAAGCAAGCAAAUAUAAGCAUAUAGGAGCCCACUGCUACAACCACUACCAGUUAACUGUGGGGUUAUCUUGACUACCAGCACGGCGUUAGGGAAGCUUUCAGAACAGCUCAGCUUUGGUUCAACACCCUGGAUGAGGCCCACCUUGUCCAGCCUCCUGUUUUCACACUGGCCAAACAGAUGCCUGUGGGAAACGCACAGGUCAGAUUCGAACACAAGCCCCCUCCCCUCUUGCGGCUUCCAGGAAUGGCUAUUUGGAAGCAUGUGCUGUUCCCAACUGUGGAGACAGAGCAGAGCUGUCCUGGCUAGUAGUCACUGAUGGCCUCCUUUGCCCAAUCCUCUUUGGAAGCCGUCUCACUUGGUGGUAUCCCUGCCUCCUGGGGGAGGGAGUUCCGCAGGUGAACUCUGCACUGUAUGAAGAAGGACUUUCUUUGGUCUGUCCAGAAUCUUCCCAGAUGCCACGGCCAGUUCAGGACACAGACCCUGACUUUAAGGAGCCCAGAAGAGUUUCCUGCAGCCGUUUCUUGCACUGAUGACUUCAACACACCCUGUUUUGAUGAGCUUCACAUCCUCCCCUUUGUCUCCCUUCCUGUGCUCCUCGUGAGAGUGCCCCCAAGGAGGCAGAGCGGGGGGUUGGUGGGGGUCCGGGGCCUGCAAGAGCGCUUUGGCCCCCAGCCACCAGGAAGGAAGCCUGCUGAGAACGAAGAGGGGUGGCUGUUGGUGGCUGCUAUGGCAACAGAGGCAGGAAGAGAACCCGGCCUCCUUGGCAGCAGUUGGGGGCUGCUCCUGCUGGCUGCCGGGGAGGGUGUGGCUGCCUUGGUCCUGGCCUGCUGGGCGCGCUCUGCAUGUGCCAGGCGGGCAGGAGGAGGGCCUGGCUGCCGGAGAAAGCUGCUGCCGGGUGGGGGAGCUCAAAGCAGCCUGCACGGUCUCCCCUCCCCACGUUCCCCUCUCAGCAGCCCUGCAAGCCGCGAAGUGGUGGGAGACCCGGCCGAGAUGUCGCAUGAGAAGAGCUUCCUGGUGUCUGGAGACCCCUUCCCUGGGCAGCAGCCGCCGGCCCCACCUGGCUAUGCCCAGCAGCCCUACCCAGUGGCUCCCUACCCGCAGCCCCAGCCGGUGGCAUACGGCCAGCCUGGAUACCCGCAGGGCGCCUACCCGGUUGCGGCACCCUACCCACAAGCGGCACCCUACCCUCAAGCACCCUACCCUCAGGCACCCUACCCCACGCCCUACCCACAAGGGCCCUACCCACAGGGGCCCUACGCCCAGCCGCAUCCGGGAGUCGCCGUGGACCCAGACUCGCCCGUGCACAGCAACUACCAUGAGGACGGGCCGCCCUCCUACUAUGACAACCCGGAUUUCCCCCCCACCAACUGGGAGGACAAGACCAUCCGCCAGGCCUUCAUUCGCAAGGUGUUCCUGGUGCUGACCAUCCAGCUGUCGGUGACCUUUGCCUUUGUGGCCAUCUUCACCUUUGUGAAGGGCGUGAAGGGCUUUGUGCGGAAGAAUGUCUGGACCUACUACGUCUCCUACGUCUUCUUCUUCAUCUCCCUCAUCGUCCUCAGCUGCUGUGGGGAGUUCCGGCGCAAGCACCCCUGGAACCUCGUGGCCAUGUCCAUCCUGACCCUGAGCCUCUCCUACAUGGUGGGCAUGAUUGCCAGCUUCUACGACACGGACGCCGUCAUCAUGGCCGUGGGCAUCACGACCGUCGUCUGCUUCACUGUCGUCAUCUUCUCCCUGCAGACCAAGUACGACUUCACCUCGUGCCGAGGGGUGCUGAUCGUCUGCCUGGUGGUCCUGUUCAUCUUCGCCAUCCUUUGCAUCUUCAUCCGGAACCGCAUCCUGCAGAUUGUCUAUGCCUCCCUGGGCGCCCUCCUCUUCACCUGCUUCCUGGCCAUGGACACCCAGAUGAUAAUAGGGAACAAGCAGCUGGCCAUCAGCCCGGAGGAAUACAUCUUUGCGGCCCUCAACCUUUACACGGACAUUAUCAACAUCUUCCUCUACAUCCUGGCCAUCAUUGGGCGCGCCAAGGAGUAGGCUGCCCUCUGACCCCUUCAGGGGCUAGUUCCUUCCAAGCCCUGUCUUUUGCUGUGGUUCUCCUCCCUUUUAUUCCCACCCCGUGGGGUCUCCCCCGCCCCGGUUUUUGUUGUGUUCCUGCCCGUCCCUUGAGUUUGAGUUCUUUGCCCCUUCCCCCUCCCUGUCUUGUGCUUUUCUGGGGAAGGAUACCUGAAAAGAAGGGGGAGUCCAAGGUAGCCAACGGGCCCCCCCUCUCGACCGGGGAGGCAGCACUCACCUCCAGCCUGCCGUACGCUGGUGUCAGUUUUUGGAAAGGAAAGGAAGGGCUCCUCUGCCCUGCGUCUCCCUGGGGCUGUGCAGAGUUCGGAAGAGGAUGUAAAUAUGCUGUGCUUGUCUCUUUUGUAUUUUGGUCUAGAAAUGCUAAUUUAAUUUUGAGGAAUGUCCUUGUCUUGGGCGUGCCACUCACAGCCGCUUCUUCCCGUGGGUACAGGGCUGUUCUGGGGCUCUGGACACACGCAAACCGCCCCCUGCCUCUUGGCUGGCAGCAAGGUUCCCCACCCCCCCUUGCCACCUUCCACCCCCACCCCUGAAUGAUGCUGAUACGGGUGCCGCUUCCUGUCCUGCCCAGGCUGGCCUCCCACGUUGCUGGGCUCUCCUGGUCCAGCCACUGUGGGGGCUGAGUGCCUGGAUGAUGCCCAUGUCCCGUUUUUACAAAUAUCGUCCAGAAAAGUAGGGGUGGCUUCUCCCCUCUAGCUCGGGGGGCAGAGACUGCUCAGCUGCCUUUUCUCAGGCUCCCCUUGGGGCGUGCGGGGAAGACGCCUUCCUUGCUCCUGGCCCUUUUCUACAGAGCUGUGUAGUCUCCUGACCCUUUUUGUCUGGGGACCCUGUACCCCAUCCUUCCUUCUCCCCUUCUUCUCCCCCCUCCCUGCCCCCCGCAAUCUGGCUGGCUUUAGGGGGGCCCUGCACUACUGCAUGCUGAGCAGCCACUACUGUGCCCCCAGGGCCAGCCUCUGCACUCAACUGUAAAAAUAGGAUGUCCUAAUAAAAGUGAGAAUGUACCAGA